AUGUCUAAUCUGGGUUUAAAUUGUGAGAAGAUGCAUGCAUGUCCCAAUGAUUGUGUACUAUAUUGGAAAGAAAACUCAUAUAAGAAGGAGUGUCCUACUUGUGGAGUGUGCACAUAUAAGAAGAAGGCACAUAUUAGCAAGAAUAACAUACCUCUCAAGGUAGUACGAUAUUUUCCUAUUACACAGAGGCUGCAGAGACUUUACAAGUAUAAGAAGACAGUGGUGGCAAUGACCUGGCAUGAUCGUGCUCUUCCACGUGAAGAUGGAAAAAUGAGUCAUCCAAGAGAUUCACCUGCAUGGAAGAAUUUUGACAAGUUACAUCUAAUAUUUAGUCAGGAUCCUCGUAAUAUCAGGCUCAGACUAGCUAGUGAUGGCUUUUGCCCCUUUAGUUUUAAUGGUAAUCCACACAGCACAUGGCCGGUUGUAAUGAUGAUUUAUAAUCUCUCACCAUGGCUGGUUAUGGAUCAAUCAUAUUUUAUAAUGCCUCUUUUGAUUGAUGGACCCAGUUCAUCGGGAAAUAAUAUCAGCGUUUAUCUCCAACUUCUCAUCGAAGAGUUACGGUCUUUAUUCAUUGAUGGUGUGGAGACAUAUGAUGCAGAUCAAGGGGAAACCUUCAUAAUGCGUGCAGCCUCAAUGUGGACAAUUAAUAAAUUUCCUGCAUAUGGAAUGCUAUCAGGAUAUUCUGUACAUGGUUAUAAAGCAUGUCCACAUUGCCACAUGGAUACAAUAUCGACAUGGUUGCCUUUUAGCAAAAAGAUAUGUUAUUGUGGUCAUCAACGUAUGUUGAAAGAAGACCAUCUCUAUAGGGAUGAUGAUGUUCACUUUGAUGGUACUACAGAGCACCGAAAGGCUCCAGUCCCCUUAUCUGGAGCGGACAUACUUGCUCAAUGGAAUGAUUAUGAAAAUGUGAUUUUUGGAAAAGUAAAGGAAAGGCAGGAAAAGCCACAAGGAUGGAAUAAGAAAAAUAUUUUCUUUGAACUACCGUAUUGGGUGACAAAUACAGUGCAUCAUAAUUUGGACAUCAUGCACAUUGAGAAGGGGGUAUCUGAGCACAUAUUUAACUUGCUUCUUUUUAAAGAUGGAAAAUCGAAAGAUAACCUACAAGCUCGGAGGGAUCUACAACACUUCAACAUUAGAAAAGAGUUGCACCCUAUACCUAAAUUAGGUAAACUAGGAAAAUUUGUACUCCCCAAUGCCAUUUAUCAUAUGUCAAAACUAGAAAAGAAAAUAUUUUUGGAGGUAUUGCAUGAGCUGAAGGUUCCUACAGGGUUUUCUGGAUCAUUUAAUAAGAAGAUAAAGACUGUAAAAGGCAAGAUAGAUGGGGAAUUGUGUGCUAAAACCAUUAAGGACAAGGAGUUGGAGAAGCUACAAGAAGCAGUUCCCUUAAUAUUGUGCAAGCUUGAGCGGAUUUUUCCACCAACAUUCUUUGAUAUUAUAAUACACCUGACUGUUCAUCUUGCAACCGAAGCAAGGCUUGCUGGACCGUAUAAUGUUGAUGUAACAAUUCAUGUUGAGAAUAGAAUUUAUAAGGAUGAAUUACAUGAAGAGCAUCACAAUUGGAAUGAUGAACGGUUGGAGAAGCAUCACCAAGAAAAUUUUUGUGCCUGGUUUAAAAAUUAUGUCCAAGAUCCAAACUCAGAAUUAACAUUAGAUGAUGAUUUGAGAUGUCUAGCUCGACAUCCAAGCCUGGAGGUUGCAUACUACAAAGGAUUUGGUAUAAAUGGCUACAAAUUUGAAAUUAAGGAGAUAGAAGAAUCUCAGACUACCCAGAAUAGCGGAAUUGUGGCCAUUGGAGAUGAAGGAUGGAGUGUUGUUUGUCGAUGGAAGCCGAGAGAUACCUAUGAUGUACCACAAUUCGCGAAUGUUGACAUAGAGGAUAACAUUGAGAUAGAUUCUGAUGAUGAAGGACUUUGA